AUGAAAUUGAUCACAAAAGCUGCACUAAAAAACGUAACCCAGAAUAAAAUAGGAAAAUUUUUCAUAGAACUUGAGGGAACAAUUAGAAACGGUUUGGAUGAUACUUUUAGUGAAAAUGAUUGGAGAAAUAAUGAGGUAAGUGAUUGGAAAAGUGAUACUGAUUUGGAAGCAAAAUAA